GCGGGUUAGGGUUGGAGAAUAGGUGGCCAUCAACUCGACGCAACAGUGCAACCCCCCUUGUCUCCCUUAUCUCUCCCUCCAUCGUGGCUUCCCUUGACCCCGAGAGGCUGCCUGCCCUCUUCCAUUAACCCAUGGAAAUUUUCCCGCCAACCGACGAGCAAUGUGAAGAAGGGCUUCAGGCCUUCAUUGCCUCAAUCGACAUAAAUGAUGUCUGCAAGUUAGCUUCGCACCACAAUUCGUCCAAAGCCUGCCGGGUAUUUCGAGAGCAUGCGCAUGGGAGCUACAACGUCUGUUACUUUGUCGAGUUUGAGGACGGAACCAAGUGGGUUGUAAGGAUCCCAUUGGCGCCGUGCAUCUCCAAUGUCUGGGACAAAAUUCAGAGCGAAGUUGCUACGAUCCGCUACCUCGAAGCCAAGACCACGAUACCCGUACCCCAUAUCCACGCCUUCGGCCGCGGUGGGGCCGUCGACGAGAAUAACCCCACUGGACAUGGCUACAUUAUCCAGAGUUAUAUCACCGGCCAGCCGCUGGAUGUCGUCGCUUUCAGGUUAGGCGGUCUGCCACGGAGAGAAUACUUCUACUCGCAACUUGUCGAAAUCUUCGCCCAACUACGCCAGCAAGAAUUCCCCUACGCGGGCUCCUUGAUGCCAGACCCAGACGGGGGAACGAACCCACAUGUCGGCCCGUUGCUCUCCAUACAACUAAACGAGCUGCAACGCGAAAACCCUGGGUUAACCAUCCAGCCGGCCAAGUUCGCUUCCGCCAUCGACUACGCCUUCUACCAAUACCAUCUCCUAGAUGAGACUCAUAAGCUCCCGGCAGAAAAGCUAUGUCGAGAGGUGGCAGAGCUCGAGGUAUUUGCGCUGGAGGACUUGAAGAACAGACUGGCUAGCGUUGUCGAGGAUCGGCCUCCCUUCGUGCUGACCCACAGCGACCUUCGCCCGACUAAUAUCAUAGUUGACGAGGACCUGCAGAUUCAAGGCAUCAUCGACUGGGAAUGGGCGAGCACGGUGCCUCGCCAGUUCUUCCUCCCGCCCACAUGGAUUGCCGGAGUCCCCCCGUACAAGGCAUCAGGGGUGGAAUUCCAAGUCGAAUACCGCUGGUUUCGCGACGUCCUUCUAGCGAGCACGUCUGAGCCUUGCCGCCAGCUUGCUUCCGAAUGGGACCGGAAGCUCCCGCACCGGAUCGACUUGCCUUUAGCCGUCAUUUUCGAACAUCACAGUUGCUUCGUCAACGCAUACUAUCGCGGCGUCUUCCCCAAGUUUUACAAAACUCCUUAUGAGGAGGAAGUCAAAGGGUUCUACGAGUGCGAUGGUAAAGAUGGGAAAUUCUCUAUUGACGUCCAAAAACGACUAAGGGCCUCAAAACGAUACGCUGAUCAUCUGGUGAGAACGGGCAUGCUCCCGGCCAGCGGUGGCGAGGAACCUAGCCGGAAACCCGGCGAGCCGCCCAUCGAUGAUUCAGGAGGUACUUAAUGCCUCUCUAGACGCUGCUUGUCCUCCUGGAGCUGCUCAAGUGAAUCCAGAGACACAUUAUCGAGGUCCCCUUGCAGUUUCUCAAGCUCUGCUUGCCACAAUUCAAGCUCCUCUUCCGCCUCCGGAAUCUCUUUGUUGAUCUCCUCAAUCCUUUCCCAAGCCUUCGUGACCGAUUCGCUGAUGUCUGUGGUUUCACCCUUCUCUCUUCUCUUCUUCGAUCGCGAAGCGCUUGCCGACAUCAACUCUAGGAGAUCUGAGUCGACCGUCGCGAC